AUGUGCUACCACAAGCGUAUGGUUUUCAGCUGCGGCCAUUUCAGUUGGGGCCACGAGGUCCGCGCCUGCAAUGUUGAGGUGGCCUUCCGCCUCGGUAUAUUAAGAGAAGAAUGCGAUACCAUGUUUUCACAUCCAAUGCACUCCCUGAAGUUGCCAAAAUUGUGCCAAGGCUGCGCAGGGAAGAAGACGAAGCAGGAUGGUACCGUUUCGACAGUGAAGGAAAGACUUCAGGAGUUACAUCAAGUUGUGGGGAAGUGGUCGAAAAAGGAUGAACGCAAUGAGGACGGUCAUAAGGAGAAGGAGGCUGAGGUUGAGUUUCUGGAGCUUGUCAAGCAUGACGUCUCUGAGAUAUUCAAGGAGCUAGCAAUACUAAGCAGCUGCACUCCUCUUACACGAGUUUCCUGA